ACCGUCCGUUCUGCGCAGGCGCGGCCGCCGGCGGUGUCCUCUUGUGCGGGCGAACAAGGCCGCGGGACCAAGGCAGAGGCCAAGGCAACGCAUCCGAGAACGGAGGCCGUUGUGCGACGCCGCCAUGCCGGACAGCUGGGACAAGGACGUGUACCCUGAGCCCCCGCGCCGCACGCCGGCGCCGGCGCCGCAGACCUCGCUGCCCAACCCUGUCACCUACCUUACGAAGAUCUUCGACCUCCUCGUGGACCGGCCCGUGACCCUCGCGAGAGAGUUUAUCGAGCAGCAGCACGCCAAGAACAGGUAUUACUACUAUCACCGGGAAUUCCGCCGCGUGCCAGACAUCACAGAGUGCGAGGAGAAGGACAUUCUGUGCAUGUUCGAAGCAGAAAUGCAGUGGAGGAGAGACUACAAAGUUGAUCAGGAAAUCGUCAACAUCAUCCAGGAAAGGCUGAAGGCCUGUCAGCAGAGGGAGGGUGAGAGCUACAGGCAGAACUGUGCCAAGGAGCUGGAGCAGUUCACCCAGGUGUCCAAGGCCUUCCAGGACCGCUAUAGCGAUCUGGGAGCCCAUUACUCUGCCAGGAAGUGCCUGGCAAAACAGAAGCAGAGGAUGCUGGCGGAGAGAAAAGCAGCGAAAGAAGCUGCUGCCGCUUGAGGCAACCCCUUGAACCGCCCCCCCCCAUCGCUAAAAUAAAGAGUAAGGGAACUUGUGUCUCUGAUGUCAUCUUCAGCCUGACUUUCACGAACUUUACUCAAACGACACAUUUUAUUGGCCCCGUUUCCCUUCCAAAUUCGGCUAGAGGAACAAAUAAACAGGACACCUAUAAA